GCUUUCGACACAUUGGGAUUCUGUAGGGCUGCAGAUUCGACAAUGGUUCGAAUAUUAAUUUGAGUAAUAGAAGGGUUUGGAUUAGUAGAAUCUGAAUUGUCGAUGUCAAAAUGGACGGCUGGAUUUAUCGCCACACAGGAUUUCUAAAAUCCCCGGAACCACCACACGCGGGUAGUGGUUUCUGUAUACUCUCUCUCUUUUUCUCUCUGACCCGGACGUCUGAAAGCCGGGAUGGGGGCGGAGGCCGCAGCUGAGCAGACGCCAGCCGAAUCGACGCCGGAGAACGUCGAUGCCUUGCUCGAGGCUGCCAGAUAUGGUGAUAUUGAGGAUGUCAUAAGCCUAGCUUCUUCUGGUGUGUUUCUUGAUUCCAAGGAUUUGCAGGGCCGAACAGCACUUCAUAUGGCUUCUGCAAACGGGCAUCUUGACAUUGUGGACUAUCUUAUCACAAAUGGAGUGGAUGUGAAUGCACCUAAUGUUGAGAAGAACACCCCUCUACACUGGGCUUGCCUCAAUGGUCACAUUGAGGUGGUUAAGAAUUUGAUUUUGGCCGGGGCAAGUGUAUCUGCUAUAAACAGCCACGAGCGGACGCCAAUGGAUGAAGCAGUGAGUAGGGGAAAGAUGGAUGUUAUCGACGCGAUCAGUGCAGCAGUUGCGCAAGUCGAACUCAGUGGCACAAGGGUCUCCUGAUACAUCAAAAACUUCGCUUAACGUUAAGCACUUGGUUUUCAAGCACUUUGAAUGGAGGAUGUAACCUUUAUGUAAAAGUCGUCGUGAUUCGUGAACAAUGAUUUUGUGUGGAUUGUUAGUAUCCCAGUUUUGAUAAAAAUGAAAUGAUUUUAUAUAGGCAA